GUGCCGCAGUUUUCUUACCGUCCGCAGCACUCAGUCUGUCGUUCACGGAUUCGAGAGUCGGCUCAAGCACAACCGAACAAAGUUGAGUUUUUAUUCAUUAAAUCUGUGAAAGUGAAAUGAGGUGGUUUGCAUCUGAAACCAUGUUCCUGCUGUGGUUGUGAUCCCCCGCUGAAAUCACGCACCCCUCUGGUUUACGUCAGGAUGUCUGGUUCGGGGUACCCAACCAGCCAGGGAGCUUUCAGCAGUGAGCAGAACCGCUACCCACCCCAUUCGGUCCAGUACACUUUCAGCCCCGGACGUCACCAACCGGAGUUUGGAGUCUCAGACUACCGGGCUCACCUUCAGGAUGUCAGCUCAGCCUCCCAACUCCUUCAGCAGCAGAGACGACGGCCCUCCUUGCUCUCAGAAUUCCAUCCAGGAGCCGAACGGCCCCCUGAGAGGAGGCAUGGCUAUGAGCAGUCAUUCCAUCCAGCUUCUGCCCCAUCUGAGCAUGAGACCCUUGAGCCCAAGCGGCCUCGUAUUGAGACGGGCGCCUCAGAGGGUCACUUUCCUCGCGCACCAGCAGGGGCUGUUGUGUUACCCCACCCCCAAACUGCACAGGAUGGCUUGAGGACUGUAGGGGAGGUCAAGAAGGAGGUGCCUCUCAACAUGAAAGCAGAGGCUUCCUCCCCUGUAGCCCCACACAUGCCUGAUGAGCAGGAUGCUUCCCCCUCCAAACUGUCUAAGGAGGAACUCAUUCAAAGUAUGGACCGUGUGGACCGAGAAAUUGCCAAAGUGGAGCAGCAAAUCUUCAAGUUGAAGAAGAAGCAGCAACAACUAGAGGAAGAAGCAGCAAAGCCAAUGGAGCCAGAGAGGCCGGUGUCUCCUCCGCCGGUGGAACUCAAACAUCGGAGCAUUGUGCAGAUCAUUUACGACGAGAACAGGAAAAAGGCUGAAGAAGCUCAUAAGAUACUUGAAGGGCUUGGGCCAAAGGUGGAAUUGCCACUUUAUAACCAACCAUCAGACACAAAAGUCUACCAUGACAACAUUAAGACUAAUCAAGUGAUGAGAAAAAAACUCAUUCUGUUCUUCAAGCGGAGGAACCAUGCACGCAAACAGAGAGAGCAGAAGAUCUGUCAGCGUUAUGACCAGCUCAUGGAGGCAUGGGAGAAAAAGGUGGAGCGCAUGGAGAACAACCCACGGCGCAAGGCAAAGGAGAGCCGCACCCGCGAAUACUACGAGCGCCAGUUCCCAGAGAUCCGCAAGCAGCGUGAACAGCAGGAGCGCUUCCAGAGGGUUGGCCAACGAGGCACUGGCCUCUCUGCAACCAUUGCACGAAGCGAGCAUGAGAUUUCUGAAAUCAUCGAUGGACUAUCUGAACAGGAGAACAAUGAGAAGCAGAUGCGUCAGCUCUCAGUCAUUCCACCCAUGAUGUACGACUCAGAGCAACGGCGGGUGAAGUUUAUCAACAUGAACGGCCUCAUGGACGACCCCAUGAAGGUGUACAAGGCUCGCCAGUUUAUGAAUGUCUGGACUGACCACGAGAAGGAAAUCUUCAAAGAGAAGUUUGUACAGCAUCCAAAGAACUUUGGUCUGAUUGCUUCAUAUUUGGAGAGAAAGUGUGUCUCUGAUUGUGUUCUAUAUUACUACUUGACAAAGAAGAACCAGAAUUACAAGACGCUGGUCAGACGCAACUAUGGUAGACGGCGAGGAAGAAAUCAGCAACAGAUAGCACGACCCUCACAAGAAGAGAAAACUGAAGACAAGACUGAGGAGGACAAAUCAGAAAAGACAGAGAAAAAAGAAGAUGAGGAGAAGAAGGAAGAUGAAGAUAAAGAUGAAAAAGAGGAAUCCAAGGACAUCAGCAAAGACAAAGAGAAGUGCGAAGGUGGCGGUGAAGACGACGAAGGGAAAGAGCAGAGUGCUCCCCGUGGGCGGAAGACCGCCAACAGCCAGGGCCGGCGCAAGGGUCGCAUCACCACCCGCUCUAUGGCUAAUGAGGCGGCCUCUGUGGUGGUGGAGGAGCCUCCACCUCCAGCCCCUGAGCCAGUGCUGCCAGAGACCACCCAGCUGCCCAAGCCAGAGCCUGUUCAAAGGAGUGUGCGAGAGCAGGCAAAAGCUCCCCCUGUAGCCAUGGACCCUCAGGCAGCCAGAGGCACUGUUGAGGCAGGGGAAACCUCUCGGUGGACUGAGGAGGAAAUGGAAGUUGCUAAAAAAGGGUUAGUGGAGCAUGGGCGCAACUGGUCAGCCAUUGCCAAGAUGGUGGGUACCAAGAGUGAAGCACAGUGCAAGAACUUCUAUUUCAACUACAAGCGACGGCACAACCUCGACAACCUGCUGCAGCAGCACAAACAGGACUCGCGCCGUUCACGUGUGGAUCGUGAUGUGUCUCAGAGUGAGAGCGUAGCAUCCACCACCUCAGCUGCCGAUGAAGAGGACAACGAGGGCUCCAAUGAAGAGGAGAACCAAGAGGACAGUGAAGGUGUAGAGAACAGCUCUGACACAGAGAGUGCCCCUUCACCUUCUCAGGGGGGUUCCAGUAAGGCCAGUGAGCAACGGCCAGACUGCCCCAAUGGAGCUUCAGGUCCUGGCGCUACUUCUGAGCAGGACAGUGUAUCAAAGAUCCGUGAGCUGCCCUAUGGGGAGCUUCGUGUGAAGCUGGAGAAGAGUCCUGAGUCAGGUGAGCUAGCAGCCUUAGAAGAGAGGCCCCGCCCUCCAUACGAAAACCAGGUGCAGACUAAGACAGAACCCCUGGAUGUGAGCGAAGUGCAGGUCAAGCUGGAGCCUGAAGCCAAAGAAAAAGGAGAGCGUGAUGAGCUGAUGGAGCCAGGGGUCAGCCUCUCCCAGAGGGGUCUACCCAGAGACUUGCACUCUGAUAACGACUCCAGUGCCACCUGCAGUGCUGAUGAAGAUGUGGACACUGAGCCAGAGAGGCAGAGAUUCUCCAUGGACAAACCAUCAUUGCUCAGCUCACCUGGUUCAGUGCUGGUGUCCUCAGCCAAGAGCCACCUGAAUGUUCAGCAGCUCCAGCAGCGUGCUGCAUCCAUUCCACCAAUGGUACCGACCCCCUUUGGUCCUGGCAGCAUAGCCCCAUUAAGCGGCUACGCCAUGUUCCAACAUCAAAUCAAGGCUGUGCAUGAGUCGGCCCACCAGGAGGAGAAGCAGCGGCAAGACCAGACUGACACAGAGAGGCGGCAGCCCCGCUUUGCCAGCCGGAGCCCUACCAUCCUGGACAGGGAUGGGAAGCCUUUCUCCUACAUACCAUAUGACAUGAAGCUGGCACUGGAACAAGAGGCCCAAUGUCAUGGUAGCUCUGGCAGGUCUGCUUCACCAUUCCUGCUUUCCCCACGAGAACUGGCCAAGGCCCCAGCACAGACUGAUACAAACACCUCCCGUUACAGCGUUCCACCAGUUCUUCAGCCGGCUCCGAAUCAGGUGGUGCAGAACCUGGUUGAUGGAGCACGUGUGACGUUCUCCAGGCACAGUCGGCCUGCCAACAUUCCAUCCCCACCCCCACUCAUUCCCACCUCCAAGCCCUCAGACAAGCCUUCUUUCAUCCAGGGAGGCUCCAUCUCCCAGGGAACUCCUGGCACAUAUUUGCCCUCCCACAGCCAAGCCGUGUAUGGCCAGGAGACUGCAAAGAGCUCAGUGGGUUCCAUAUCUCUGGGGUUGCCGAGGCAGCAGGACCCCACCAAGCCUGUGUCCUACAUCAAGCAGGAGGAAUGUUCACCACGGGCAGAGGGCCUUCUCUCCAGGGCCCAGUUCGAGGGUGUGGUCAGAGGAAACACCAUUUCUGCCAUUCAGGAGGGAAGUAUCACCCGAGGCACUCCUGCCAAGGUCUCCGCCGAGGCCCUGCCAUAUCGCGGGGGAUCCAUUACUCAGGGUACACCAGCACUUCCACAGUCCAGCAUAGCAGCAGAUAUCCUGCUGAAGGGCACUAUCACCAAGUUGGCCACUGAGGACCUGAGUAGUCCAGAAAAGUCCAGGGGCGAGGCAUUGUCCAAGGGCCACGUCAUCUAUGAGGGCAAGAGCGGCCACAUCCUGUCCUAUGACUCCAUCAAGAAUCCCAGAGAAGGCCCCAGAAGCCCCAGGAUGGGUCCUGAGCUAAAGCGCACAUAUGAAAUGAUGGAGGGCUCCAUAACUAGGGGCCACCCUGUCCGAGAGGGUGCUCCCUACGAAGGUUUGAUCAGCCGUGCUAUGCCAAGGGAAGGGCCACACUCUGAAUCCAAGGAUCGCGCAGUUCUUGCAGGCUCUAUCAUGCAGGGGACACCAAGAACAUCUUCUGAAGCAUUUGAGGAGGGGCACAAGUAUGGUAAACAGAUAAAGAGAGAAAGUCCCCCCAUCCGCUCUUUUGAAGGAGGGAUCACAAAGGGAAAACCCUAUGAAGGGGUGAACACCAUCAAGGAAAUGGGCCGCUCCAUCCACGAGAUCCCCCGGCAAGACCUUUCUGGCCAGGACACCCGCAAGACUCCAGACAUGGCACCAAACCCCCGCUCCCUAUUGGAAGGGUCUAUAUCCCAGGGCACACCUCUGAAGUACGAGAGCGGAAGUUCAAGCCAGUCAGCCAUUAAGCAUAAUGUGAAGUCACUGAUCACGAGCCCCAGCAAACUGGGUCAUAGUGUGUCUCAGCUGGAUGCUGCAGAUCGUGGUAAAUACGAAGAGGGCAGCAAGGGCACAGAGCGUGUGCGGCAUACCUCUGUGGUCAGCUCCACAUCGGUGUUACGCUCCACACACAUGGAGACUGGCAAAGCACAGGUUAGCCCUGGUGUGUAUGAUGACCCCGGUGCCCGCAGAACGCCUGUCACUUACAGCAACAGCUCCAUUUCACGUGGGUCGCCCCUGCUGAACCGCUCACAGGAAGGGGGCAUCACCUCUGGGAAACCAGUCAACAACCAUGAGAGGAAGAGCACUGUCACUCCUACUCAGCGUGACAGUGUGCCUGCCAAGUCACCUGUGUCAGGGACUGACCCCUUAUCUGCUCACAGCCCCUUUGACCCUCACCAUCGACCAGUGGUUCCAGGCGAAAUCUAUCGAGCCCACCUUGGGCCCCCCUUGGAUCCAGCCAUGGCUUUUCACCGGGCUCUUGACCCAGCCUACCUAUUCCAGAGACAGCCAUCCCCCACUGGUUACAACACAUAUCAGUUGUACACCAUGGAGAACACGCGACAGACGAUCCUCAACGAUUACAUCACCUCUCAGCAGAUGCAAGUUAUCCCGCGGCCUGAUGUGGCCAGGGGGCUGUCUCCAAGGGAACAGCAGAUUGCCAUCCCUUACCCUCCUGGUGCUCGAGGGAUUAUUGAUCUGGCCCAGAUGCCUCCCACUAUCCUGUUGCCUCACCCUGGGGAAACAGGUACACCCCCCAUGGACCGCAUCACCUACAUCCCUGGAGCUCAAGCCCCUUUCCCUCCUAGGGCUUUCAACCCAGCUUCCAUAUCUCCAGGUCACCCAGCUCACAUGGCAGCAACAGCAGCCAGUGUAGAGAGGGAUAGGGAGCGUGAGCGGGAGAAGGAGCGUGAACGGGAGCAAAGAGAGCGGGAGAAGGAGCGGGAGCAGAGGGAACAACGGGAGCAGAGGGAACGAGACCGCAUGGCAGCAGCAGCUGCUGCCAGCGAUUACAUGCGUGGAGGCUCUGAGCAGCCAGGCAGGCCAGGUAGCCGUGGUUACCUGCGUUCCCCUUCUCCAUCUGUGAGACCACAGGAGUCCGUGGUGCAGCAGAGGCCCAGUAUUUUCCAGGGCACCAACAGCAAGAGUGUAAUCACUCAAAUCAUGCAAAUGCCCCCUGCUGCAGUUUCCCAGGGAAGCACACGGUACAGCACGGCUGCUGAUGCACUUGCUGCCCUAGUAGAUGCCGCUGCCUGCGCGCCCCAGAUAGAUGUGGCCAAGGCCAAGGACGGGAAACUGGAGGCAGGCCGCACCGAUGAGGCGGCUUCACGCCAGCAACAGGAGGUGGAGCGUCGUACCAUGCAGUCGCCCUAUAGUGCUGUGGCCCUGCCCGGCGGGAAGCCCCACACAGCCUACACAGAGAGUGGCAAGGACAAGGGCCCACCCACCAAGUCACGCAUUGAGGAGGAGCUGCGCACCCGUGGAAAGACCACCAUCACUGCUGCAAAUUUCAUUGAUGUCAUCAUCACUCGACAGAUUGCUUCAGACAAGGACUCGCGUGAAAGGGGCUCUCAGAGCUCAGACUCCUCCAGCAGCUUGUCUUCUAGCCGAUAUGAAGGCCCAGGGGGUGGGGCCAUAGAGGUCAUCAGCCCUGCCAGCUCCCCUGCACAAAGUCAGGAGAAGCAGGAGAGUGGGUUUUCUCAGGAGAAACAGGCCCAUGCUACAGGCAGUGUCCGUGGUUUUGACCUGAGCCGGUACCGCCAGCCCAUGGAAUCUUCUUGCCCCCAACCGCUGCCCACUUCCCAGACAGACAUGUAUGGACAGAUCCCCAAGACGCAUCGCGUUAUGACCCUUGCAGACCACAUUUCGCACAUCAUUACCCAGGACUUUGCCCGAAACCAGGAGACCACUCAGAUCCUGCCUGUCGCCUCCUCUGCGGCCGCAUUCCAGAGCUCUUCAGCUUCAUCCAUGUCUGUCCGUGCCAAGAUACCCAGCCGCUACAGCCCAGAGAACCAAGGCCAGACAGCACACCACUCAAGACCUUCCAGUAGAGUGUCCCCAGAGAGUGUAUCUGACAAGACCAGGAACAGGCCUGGUAAAUCCCCAGAGCGGGGUAGCGGGGCCAUAGAGGGCUACGAGCCUAUUUCUCCUCCACAAAGCUAUCCAAACAUGGAGAAGCAGGAGACUGUAAUGCAGCAGGCUCAGAGGCGUGAUGUGGAGAGCACAGAGCAGAGGAAUGAUUCCCGGUCCCCUGGAAGUAUGAGCUAUCUGCCCUCUUUCUUCACAAAACUGGAGAGCACAUCUGCGAUGGUGCAGUCUAAGAAGCAGGAGAUCUUCCGUAAGCUGAACUCUUCGGGUGGCAGCGAUUCUGAUGUUGCAAGUGCACAGCCAGGCACUGAGAUCUUUAACCUGCCUGCAGUGACAAGCUCGAGUAGCAUCAACCCCAGAAAUCAUCCUGUCAGUGACCCUGCAAGUAACCUGGGUCUGGAGGACAUCAUUCGCAAAGCCCUGAUGGGUAACUUUGAGGACAAGACAGAGGAGCACCAGGGCGGAGGCUUGCAGCCCAGUAACAGUAUCCCAGCUGGUGUGAUGGAAGUGAGGCAGGAUGCCAGUCCCUCACCCAACACAGGCCUGUCAGGUAACAAGCAAAAGAUGAUGGGCAAAGGUAGUAGCAGGAAGUCCAAGUCUCCGAACCCAGGGCAAGGCUAUGCUGGGACUGAGCGGCCCUCCUCCGUGUCAUCCGUGCACUCUGAGGGAGACUACCAUCGGCAAGCCCAUUCUUGGGCCUGGGAAGACAGGCCUUCGUCCACUGGCUCCAUGCAGUUCCCCUACAACCCGCUAACCAUGCGCAUGCUGAGUAGCACACCACCCUCCUCCAUAACGUGUGCUUCACCUUCACUUCAAGCCCAGCAGCAGCAGCCAUCACAGUCACAGACACCGCUCCAGCAGGGGCAGCCAGGCAAUGUGCCCCAGUCACGCGUGUGGGAGCGGGAGCCGCUGCUUUCGGAGCAGUACGAGACCCUGUCAGACAGUGACGACUGAGCUCUCAGCCGCAAGCCUCCAAGCCACACAAAAAGCAAGCCUGGCUGAGGCCCCCUGUGAUUCUUCCCCCUGCCAUGGGUGCUGCAUGGUCCUUGUGUUGGCACUGCCGCGGUGAUUGUGAAGCGAGAAGCACGCACACCACCGCAGUAGUCUCAGCCUUCAGGACAGAAACUGGUCUCUGUAUGUUGUAACAUGUAGCGUACCAGCAGCAGGACAGCAUUUGGGGGUUAUAAAAAAAAAAAAAAAAAAAAAAAAAGUAUAUAGCACCCACAAAAAAUGAACUUCACAUAUGAAGAAGCUUAAACAAUUUCUUCAGAUUUGUUCACAUUCUGUUUGUAAAGAAACAUACCUUCUCUUUAAAUCAUUGUAUGUAUAUAGCAAAUAACUUUUGCAGUGUUUUCCCCUUCUUUCUUUUUACUUGGUAUUCUUUGUUUUUAUGUUGCUUUUAAAUUUGAUCUACUUUGUAUGGAGGAUCUGUGUUUUGCCAGUGAUUCCACAGUGAAGUUGGGGUUAAGGGUCCCCUCAAUGAGCCGUGCUGAGACACACAGUGAAGUGAAAGAUGUUUGCCUGCUAUGGAAAAGGGUACAGAAAUACAAGACUUCUCAGCAGCCAACUCUCUCUGUCUGAUGCAUUGUGAACAUUCACAGAAAGAAAGAAGUGUGUGUGUGUGUGUGUGUGUGUGUGUGUGUGUGUGUGUGUGUGUGUGUGUGUGUGUGUGUGUUUAUAUCCAUACAUGCAUAUGCAUUUCAGCUGUCAACUUGAUGCAAGUCUUUUGCAGCACUGUGGAAAAGUGCGUAAGGUAUGCUGUCCAUAUUUCCUACUAUUUGAGAGCCAGAGUGUGUGUGUAUGAGAGAAAUUACUGUUCAGGUUUGAAGAAUGCAAAAAUCUUCCCUCUUUCGUUAAUGUGUACCGCAAAGUAUUGAACACUGGUAUUGAACCAUUUGAAGAUGGAAGAAUAAUAAGCUGAAUUGUGGAUUAUCUUUUUUUAAUUUAUUGUCAUUUGUUUUUAUUAUUUGGAACCCCAUUGUAAUCUGCAUUGUGUUGGACUUGAGCCGGCAUCAUAGUCUGAACUGAACUUCUGGGUAUCUGUCAAAAGGAUGUCCUUCAAGAUAACAAUUCACAUGGUUUUCAAGCCCUUUCCUGUGAAGGAGCGGUUCUCAUGCCACCUAGCUGGAAGAAGGCAGCUUACGCUUUUCUCUGAAAUUUUUUUGUCCUCCGUGUGUUUGAUAUUUUUCAGGCAGAAAUUUGAAUUUAAAAAUUUUAAACUCAAAUUCUAUUAAACAACCAAACAGCUCUUUGCACCAUUGUUGCACUUUUAGCAUUCUAAUUUUUUGAGAAAAGAAAAAUUAAUCAUACUACCUGUUUCAUAAAUUAUUUGGGUGCAUAUAGAGGAAAAUUGUAUGCUUGCAUAUUUUUUGAUUAAUAUUCACACUCUGAAUCUUUCAGCUCCUGUCAGUUUUUGUUACUGGUUUAUUUUGCAUUGUGACACCUGAUCUGCAGUUCAAUUUUGUAAAUGGUACAGUUGAGUGUAGUGAAGUUGCUGCUUUGCUGUAAUGGCUGUUAAAAUGCACUUCAGUGACCUUUUUCUCCAAAAUAACUUCAGCUUAAACAGUUUCAUGUCAACUGCAUAUUACUUUGUAUCAGAUUUGUAAUAAGGUCAACAAUGUUUAUGACAAGUCUUUUAGGAUAUGUAAGGCAUCCAUUUUGUUUUUAAUUUUCUUUGCUAGGUGACAAGUUGACACUGAACCUUGAUUUAAGAAUCAGUUAUUCAUUAUCUGAUUUUAAAACUCUCAGAGCUGAUGGUCUGUUUUUGAGAUCAAUGCUUGUCAUCCUGUUUUCAAUGGGGUGUUGAGUGUUUACAAACAGCAACAACAAAAAGUUUACAACUCUUGAAUCUUAAAAUAGGUGAACAGAAAACUUGAGUACCAACUGAACUCAUCUGUCAAAUAUUUUCCAAUGGUAACUUUUUGUUAGCUAAAUCUCAGACUUGAAAAUCUGUGUAUCCCAUGAAAUACAAUGUUUGUAUCGCACAAUGUCUCUUUAGUCAAUUACAAGAGUUCACACCAAUCAAUAAAGUGGAUUAGUU